AUGGCAUCCGAGAACUUAAACAAAGGGGGCUGCCGCCGGCGCGCAGCGGCUGCGGAAAGUUGCGGUGGCGGAUUUCCAAGGAGCGUGGCCACGACCAGAGCUCUUGGCGAUGCGAGUCCCCGCGUCCCACCCCCGCUGAUCAGAGAUGGGGGCCGGCUGGUGAAGGGAAGAGGAAACUUUGAAACCACUGGGGACACAUCUGUCUAUAGACCUACUGCGAACGCCCAGAGCCGCCGAAAGAACGCCAACGGAGGGACAGAGAGCGAACUGUCAGAUCCGAGCGAGAGCGGGCGCCCGAGAGAGGGAGAGAGAGAGGGAGGGAGAGGGAAAGUGAGAGAGGGAAAGAGAGCGCGAACGAGGGCGCAGAGCGAGCUCCUGCUGCAACUCUGCUCCAGCACGGCCAGCGCCAGCGCCCGCCGUCGGUGCACUCUACGACCCGUGCAACGUGCCCACUGGAGUUGUUGUGUAUCAAGGAUCGAUCCCCUAUAUGCACACACACACCUCCACCUCCACCAAUGCACUCUUCUUCCUCCUCCUUCUCCAGACAACUGCUGGGAAAAAAAUAAAACAACCCCAACCGUCAGCAACAAGAGGCAACCAAGAGCUCCGGCAAUAGCAACUUCAGAGAAAUGCACCAUCGCAAGAAGUUUUCCUAGGACAGAACAAAACUUGAAACGAGAGGACCAGAGGGGGAGAGCAGGAGCCAGCCUCCCCUCUCCGCACUCGCGAGCAGCCAGCAGCACCACGCCUUCAAGGACGAAAAAGUUUUACUACUCUAAGGGAAAACGAGUGAAAUGUGUUCCUGAGGAGGAGAGGAGAGAGCGGACAAGAGGAGUGGGCCGGUUGCUGGUCAUCCGUAAUUUGGCUAAGGAAGAAAGGAGCAGCUUCUUUCUUUGUUAUCUCCCGUGAAACC